AUGUUCAAAUUCAUCGCUGUUUGCUUCUUCGCUCUCUUGGCUUUGGCUGCUGCUAAACCCGGUGUUGUUGCUCCUUUGGCUUAUACCGCUCCCGUGGCUUACUCUGCCCCAUUGGCCUACUCUGCUCCAUUGGCUUACCAUGCUGCUCCCGCUGUCGUCGGUAGUGCUGCCUAUGUUGCUCCCUAUGCCUCCAGCUACAAUGCCCACACCAUUGCCCACUCUGCUGCCUUCCCUGCCGCUUAUGCUGUAGCUCCCGCUGCUGUUGCUGCCCCAGUAGCCACGGCUUAUACAGCUCCUGUUGCGGCUGCGGUUGUGGGUAGUGCUGCCUAUGUUGCUCCUUACGCAUCCAGCUACAAUGCCCAUAGCAUUGCUCAUUCAGCUGCCUUUCCUGCUGCCUAUACUGCUCCUUAUGUAGCUGCUGCUCCCUACAUAGCUGUUGCCCCAUACUAUGCUGCCGCAGCUGCACCAUAUGUUGCCGCUCCCGCUCCACUUUUGUUGAAGUGA